GAACUUACAAAGUCAUUAUCACUUGCCCUUUUCCUUUAUUUAGAAUUUUACAACUCAACUUUUUUCUUAUUUUGUGUGUUGAUGUAGUAGUUCUGCUUUUCGGGUAAAUUUAGGAGAGACCCUGUCCCAAGCAUUUCAUGAAGCUGCUUGGAUUUUGUAUUUAUAUAACUUAAAAGUUGAAAUAAUCACUAAAUCUCAGAAAUGAACUCGGCAAGAUGAUACUGAUUUAUCUUUUGAUAUAUGCUUUAUUCAUCUCAAUCAAUAAGGGGAAUGAUGUGAUAUGUAGGUUUUAUAACCUUGAAGCAGAAUGUAGAUAUAGAUUAGAUGGUUUUCAUAUGGUCAUAAUUCAAGCUAAAAUAGAUAAAUGUUCUGAACCAGUUCAAGUUUCUUUUCAUAUCACGCAUGAACAGCCUAAUAUAGAUUGGUCUGGUACAUUCUCUAAAAGUCAAGAAUCAAAGACUGUAGAUGGGUUAGAUGUGGAUGUGGAGUUACAAGUCUUUCUGGCCUAUGAUGAAAACAGAGAUUUAUUUGUGAAGGCUGAUUUUGAAGUAUCUAAUCAGAAAAAAGCAUAUUUUCUACAUGAUACUGUACAUUUAAACACUGAAGAUUGUAUUGGAUUAAAUAAAGCAGGCCAGAUUGCAGUUGGUUGUUUAUUAGCCUUAUUACUGAUAGCUAGUAUUUUACUUGUUAUAUUGUUGUAUCUUCGCUAUAAACGCAAACGUCUCCAACGUCAAAGCCUGGUGUAUGUUGAUAAUAUUGAAUCACCUUGUGAUGUGAUAGCUGCCUCACCACCAUCAACAGAACAAUCGUCAAUACGAUUUGAUGUCCAAACACAACGAGUGAAUCAAAAUUCAACUUCAGUUAUAUAAUGCGUACCCAAAUAUAGCUUCUCAUCCGUUUCCAUAGUGAUAUUUUGUGAAUUUGUAAAAUCAUAUGGUAUUUUGUGAAAAAUCAUUGUAGUACUUUGUGAAAUUUCAUAGUGGUUCUUUGUGAAAUUUCAUAGUGGUAUUUUGUGAAAAAUCAUAGUGGUACUUUGUGAAAUUUCAUAGUGGUAUUUUGUGAAAAAUCAUAGUGGUACUUUGUGAAAUUUCAUAGUGGUAUUUUGUGAAAAAUCAUAGUGGUAUUUUGUGAAAUUUCCUUGUGAAAAAUCAUAGUGGUAUUUUGUGAAAAACCAUAGUGGUACUUUGUGAAAAACCAUAGUGGUACUUUGUGAAAUUUCAUUGUGGUAUUUUGUGAAAAAUCAUAGUGGUCCUUUGUGAACAAUCAUUGUGGUAUUUUGUCAUCAUUCUGUGUGGUUAUGGAUAAAUUUCAGCAGAUUUUUACUAUUUUGCCAAAAAAAGGAAAGACUGAUUUGUACAGUAUUUCUUAAUGAAAAGUUAUUUUUUUAGAAGUUUUGUGGGGAAAUAUGUAUUAUUUAUUGAAUGUGUAAUUUGUGUUUUACUAUACAUUCCAACAUUGCUGCAAAAUUCCUGUUAAAACAGUGCAUUAUAUAUAAGUAUAUUUAUACCAAAAAGUAUAUUUCCUAUAGCUAUAAUCAACAUUUUGAUCAUCAAUUUUGUAUUGAUUUGUAUAUUAAUUUGCAUUUAAUAUUUUGUGUGCCUUAGACAAUAUCUUACAUUUAUAAGAAAGUCUUUCAGAACACAAAACUGUGGAUCAUUCUAAAAAUGGAUGAAAAGACAUCAAAAGUGAUUCAAUAUGAAACAUUCCUUAACAACACGUUGAGAGAAGACUUGAAAAAGAUACUGGAAGCUCGUGAUAAAAUCCACAAGGAGACUUCUGAUUAUUUACAGUUAAAGAUAGUGAUUGAAAGACUACAGGAGAGUCAAUUGUUAGAAGAUGAACUCAAAACCAAGAUAGAUCUAGGCAACAGUUUCUUCGUUCAAGCCAAGGUGACAGACGCCUCUAAAAUUUGUGUUGCCAUCGGUUAUGGCUUCUUUGUUGAAUUCACUUUUGAGGAAGCUUUGAAAUUUAUUCAGAAGAAAACUACAAGGUUGUCAGAGCAUGCUAAUGUUUUGACACAAGAUGCCUCUAGAAUCAAAGCCAAAAUCAAAUUAGUUAUGGAGGGUUUGAGAGAAAUGCAAGGGUUGCCUGCUAAAAGUGUGAAGCCUUUUAGAGAUAUUUUAUAAUUAUAUAUAAAUAAAUUAAUGAAAUAAAUUCCGU